AUGUCAACUUCAACUACAACUAGCAGCACCACUACUACUACAACAAAUAACAAUCGCAAUAGGAGUAGGUUUAAAGAAAGAAAUUACUAUCAUAUCAGAGUUGGAAAGAGUCAUGUCGUACCUUUUCUAUUGAUCUUACAUGAUCAUAGCUCAUUCAAUGAGUUACAAUUUCAAGAAUUGAUGUUAGCAAUUCAGAGUAUACUGUCGAAUCACCUUACUAGUUAUGGAAUGGGAUCAAUAUCUGUAGAGUACACACCGUUGAUUCAUCAAAGACCGAAAUUAUAUUGUCUAACUCAAUUAAGCUAUACUUAUAAAUUUACACCUACAUUUCCAAGAUAUACUGUUGUAACAAGGACUGAUCUUCAUAUCGAUAAAAAGGUUGCACCUAGAGAGAGAAGAGUAUUGUACUUUGCUGGCAAUCAGAUGGUAGAUAAAGUUGAUAUAGAUAUACCCGAUGAAAACAACAAUAACAAACAUAAUGAUAAAGAUGAUGAUAAAGAUGAUGAUGAUAAAGAUAAGAAAAAUAAUAAGAAUAAGAAAGAAAAGAAGAGUAGAAGUACUAGUAAUAGUAAAAAGAGUGAUGAAAUAGAUGUAGAUAUUAGUAGUAGUGAUGAUGAGGUUAUUGUUGACGAUGUCGAUGAUGAUGAUGAUAAUGAUGCUAGUGAAGAUGAUGAUCAUGAAGAUAAUGAAGAUAUCGAUUUAGAAGAUGAGGACUAUCAAGAAAAGAUAAAGAAAGGGAAGAAGAGAACAAGUACAGGUAGUACAAAGAAGAGUAAUAACAAUAGUAAUAAUAGUAAUAGUAAAAGUAAUAAUAAGAAGAAUUAUGAUGAUCAUAAUAAUGGUUAUAGUCCAAAGAAAUUGAUACCAGAGGAAAUCAUUGAUUUAGAUAUAAAAGAGGAUAAAGAAUCAACGAUAGUGGUUGAAAAUGAAGAGAUCAUAGACUUGGAUGAAAAUAAUGAUAGUAAUGGUAAUGGCGAAGAUGAGGAAGAAGAAGAACAAAAGCUUGAAAGUUUAAAGGAAUACGACGGUGGAUUGUACCAAGGUCUUUCGAUUACAGGUCACACUUUGAUCGUUGAGACAUUUCCAAGGAGAAACUAUGUCGCUAUUUCAUCAGAUCUCGGUGAGUCGCAACAAUCAGUAAACAGCGAAGCAUCAUCGUCAUCAAUGAGUAGUACAACAAGCAGUUCAUCAAACAAAAGUAAAUCAACAACAGCAAAGAAAUCAAAAAAGUCAUCAAAUGCUCAGUCAAACAAUAUCAGUUCUUAUUUUGGUCCUUCUAGCUCAAAUAAAUCAAAGAAAUAA